AUGCACGAGUCGACACGUCGAACGACACUCUCAUACAUCAAUGUACCCAUUCAUUUCAGUUCUGGUCAAUUCCAGGGAAGAUGCGUGCGUGCCGAGCUCGUCGAGAUACAAAAAGCAGACCUAGGGCGAAAGUAUGCUCGUGUAGACCGACGCCCUCUAGACCCCCCACCAGUGGUCCAACUCAAGUUAUACUGCGUCCACAAUGAGGGUAGUGAUCAUGAAUACGAACAAGAAGUUCAGGACUAUGACGAUAUACAAAACCUUGGAUUGCUUUGCAAUGUCGACUUGUUCCAAGUCUCUACUCAGCCCGAUAGCUCAUCGGAGCCAAGCUCCCUCCCCCGUCACCCUCCCCAAAUUUCACCAGUAGUGCAACCUGUUCGCCCCCCCUCUGGCGGCUACCCGCUACCUUCAAUCUUACCGAGCAUGUCUACCCAGUCAGAUAAAUUGCCUCCCUUAAGCAGUUCGAGUAGGGUUCCCGUGUCGGAUGCUAAGCUGCCCCACCUUCCACCCUACGCCGCCUAUCCCGAAAGCAUGAAAUGCACUACGGCACUCUCAGGUGCCACCUUCGUUCAGCCAGCUUGUAUAGACUAUGAAGGCAAGAGGGCUCUCGUCUUUCCGUUUGCUGACCUUGCGGUGAAAAUUGAGGGCGACUUCUUCCUCCGCUAUCGCAUUUUCGAUAUCUUUUCGCGCACGUCAAGUCUAGUAGAUGUGCCGGUCCAGGCUGAGUGCUAUGGCGGUCCAUUCCACAUAUAUUCAACCAAAGAAUUUCCUGGUCUACAACCUUCAACAGAGCUAUCAAAGCAACUCUCCAGAUAUGGUGUGCGACUCAAUACCCGCGAGACGGAGCGCAAGCGCAAGAAAAAGGGUUCAGAGACAAGCGUCAUUCCAUCCCGUACAAGCAAAAGCAGAGCCACGAGGAUUCCGCAGAGCGGAAGUGAGUGUGAUUGA